UCUUGAAUCUCAAGCUACAGUAGAUAAGAUUUAGGGACAGCGACAAGACGCAUCUUUGCUUGACAUUUCUUUUCCGUGUGGUUGUUUUAUUAUCUUAUUUUGUUUCACUCCAUUACAAUUCGAGUCACUGGAAAGACAUUUGUAAGUGGAUAUUCUUAGAAAAGUAGUUGAAAGUUUGGACGACUCAGAGAACCUGAUCAUGAAGGGCAAAGUACAAACAGUUUGUGGGCUAGUGGAGCCAGGUGCAUUAGGAAGAACAUAUACUCAUGAGCAUCUGUUUAUGGACUUUGACUGUGCGUACACUCCAGCAAAGUCAGAGGACAAACAUUUGGAGGAUUCUGAAUUUACAAUGCAAAAUCUUGGAUGGAUUCGUCAGAAUCCCUAUAGCCAUAAACUCAACAUUAAACUUCAUGAGUCUGAAGUAAUGGUGGCUAUAAUGGAUGAAAUGGCUUCUUUUAAGAAGAGAGGCGGUGGUACCAUUGUUGAGAACAGCACAUUUGGUCUUAAUAGAAAUGUGUCCUUUUUGCGUGAUUUAAGUAGCAAGCAAGGUGUUCACAUAAUAGCUGGAGCUGGGUACUAUGUGCAGGCAGCUCAGAAAAAAGAAACUCUGGGAACUUCAGUGGAACAAAUGGCGGAAUUCAUGAAGCGUGAGCUAACUGUAGGAUGUGAUGAUAACCCAGAUGUGAAAUGUGGAAUCAUUGGUGAAAUUGGAUGUUCCUGGCCUCUGUAUGAUUUUGAGCGUCAUACUAUCCAGGCAGCGGCUCAUGCACAAGCCUCCACGGGCUGCCCAGUGAUGUUUCAUCCAGGCCGUAAUGAUAGUGCACCAGAAGAGAUUUUUCGGGUUUACACAGAAGCUGGUGGUGAUGUGAAGAAGAUGGUCAUGGGUCAUCUUGAUAGGACAAUUCACACUCUAGAAAAGCUGGUAGAAUUUGCAUCUCUUGGAAGUUAUUGUGAAUAUGACUUAUUUGGCAUUGAAACUUCCCAUUACCAGCUCAACACACACAUUGACAUGCCCUCUGAUGCCCAACGUAUCCAACGCAUUAAACACUUGUUUGACAAUGGCUUUGGAGAGAAGAUUUUAAUUGCUCAUGAUAUUCACACAAAGCAUCGCCUGCAAGCUUAUGGUGGUCAUGGAUUCUGCCACAUUUUGGAGAAUGUUGUACCAAAGAUGUUAGACAGAGGAUUGAAUCAGGAUGACGUGGACAAAAUGUUAAUAAGUAAUCCAGCUACAUGGUUAACUUUUACCAAAUAGAUUUUAUGACUUGGCAGAAUAUCAUUAAUUCCAAGAAUGUAGAUUUAGCAGGUGGCAUAAAGAUAAUCUUUAAAUUUUAUACUAUCUCAAGAUGAUGUGCUACUUGGCAUAUUGUGGUCUCUUUAUGCAGAGUUACCUAUGUAGUAUUGUAUUUACACACAUUAUAGAAUGCAGAUUUUGAAAACAUUUUAAAUGUAAUUUGUUUACCAUAUAUGGUUACUUGAUGUUUAAGAUUUAUAUUUUCAAAAAAUGUAUUGUUCAUAGGACUGUCGUUAUUUACUUUGUUUGCAACAUUUUAUGGGAUAAUAAAGUUUUGUUAGUUUGCCCUA